AUGUCUGCCGUGGCUCCCACUAUUCCCGGGGCUGACCCAACAAAGGACAUACAAAAGCGUCGAGCUGGUAGUAUUGGAUCAGAUGAAGACGACGCAAGUGGUGGGAAAUAUACAAGGAUGGAGGAGGACAAUAUUCAAGACAAGGAGAGGUUUGCCAGUCGUGAAAAUCACUGCGAAAUCGAGCGUCGUCGCAGGAACAAGAUGACGGCGUAUAUUACGGAACUGUCUGACAUGGUUCCAACAUGCUCUGCCCUCGCGAGGAAACCAGACAAACUAACUAUACUGCGUAUGGCAGUGGCGCAUAUGAAAGCUUUAAGAGGUACCGGCAACACGUCUACAGACGGUACAUACAAACCAUCGUUUCUAACGGAUCAAGAGUUGAAGCACCUCAUUCUGGAAGCGGCCGAUGGAUUUUUAUUCGUUGUCAGUUGUGACACUGGACGUAUUAUAUAUGUUAGUGAUAGUAUAGCCCCAGUGCUUAAUUAUUCACAGGGUGAAUGGUACUCAUCAUGUUUCUACGACCAAGUACAUCCCGACGAUUUGGAAAAAGUUCGGGAACAGCUAAGCACACAGGAGCCACAGAACACAGGACGUAUUCUGGACCUCAAAACGGGAACCGUUAAGAAGGAGGGACACCAAUCUUCAAUGCGUCAAGUGAUGGGUUCUCGGCGCGGGUUCAUAUGCCGCAUGCGUGUGGGCGGGACGGCGGAGAGCGCUCACCUCGGCAGGCUGCGCGCGCGCAACUCACUCGGCCCCUCACACGACGGACACAACUACGCGGUCGUACACUGCACCGGUUACAUCAAGAACUGGCCGCCGACAGAUCUGUUUCCAGGCAUGCAGAUGGACCGACCAGUUGAAGACGAGUUGCACGCGUCUCAUUGUUGUCUGGUCGCUAUUGGUAGAUUACAGGUGACGUCGACCCCGAGUAGUGCUGAGGGCAGCGCGUGUGGUGGUGUUGAAUUUGUAUCGCGUCACUCAGUAGAAGGUCGCUUCACGUUCGCUGACCAGCGCGCGGUUCAAGUACUAGGGUACGCGCCCGCGGACCUGCUCGGGAAACUCUGCUAUGACUUCUACCACCCAGAAGACCAGCAGCACAUGAGAGAUAACUUUGAUCAAGUUCUUAAGUUGAAAGGGCAGAUCAUUUCGCUGAUGUAUCGAUUUCGCACAAAGAACAGAGAGUGGGUUUGGUUGAGAACAUCCGCAUUUGCAUUCCUCAAUCCUUACAACGAUGACGUGGAAUAUAUUGUGUGCACAAAUACAUUGGCCAACCGUUCAUUGGGCAGCACGGGAGGCGAGCCGGUUGCAGAUGAAAACUACGAUUACCACCUUCGUCAGCGUGAUGUGUACCAAGCACCGCCUCCGCCUAUACAUCAGCAACAUCAUGCUCCACCAGGUGGUGGUGUUGGUGCUCGUUCGCCGGGUGAGGCGGGAGGUGCGGGCGCUGCGGCCUACGCUCCACACGCGCCUCACUAUGCACCCGACUACUCCCCCCACCGACCAGCCAACACACCGCCACAUACUACUUGGACAACGCUGCGACCGAGUGGGGCCAGCGGAGCCGGUAGUGGUGGUGAAAGUUACGCGUACAGCGGCGACGCGGCUGGUGCGGGCGCUGGUAACGGCAGCCCGGCUCGCUCGCCGCCCGCGCCCGCCUACCUGCCGCCAGCACACUACCACCACAACCAUCACCCGCCACACCCGACACAUCCAACACAUCCCACACAUCCCACGCAUCCCCCGCAUGCGGGUAUAUGGGCGUGGCAGGGCGGUGCUGGGGCCGCCGGUGGACCCGCGGCCGGCGCUCCUGAGGGAGGACACGCGCCACACGAGCUCUCAGAGAUGCUACAAAUACUGGACCAAGGCGGUGCCGCUACCUUCGAAGACCUCAACAUAAACAUGUUUAAUUCCAACUUUGAAUAG